UCAAGAAGCCAUGCGUGCGCUAGCUCUUUCCUUUUGCCUCGUUGCUACAGAGUGAGCAAGAUGGGUCACCAGCAACUCUACUGGAGCCAUCCGAGGAAAUUUGGCCAGGAUGCUCAUUCUUGCCACAUCUGUUCAAACCGCCAUGGUCUAAUCCGGACGUACAGCCUCAACAUGUGUCGCCAGUGUUUCCAUCAGUACGCGAAGGACAUAGGUUUCAUUAAGUUGGACUAAGUGAACUUCCAUGAAUGGGUUGUUCAAGACAUCCACCUUAUCACAG